CUCGCAGGGACCACGACAGUGUUUACGACAACAUUCUCUUAAACUCCACUUCUCCUGUACACUUUCGAACUGACCCUGGGCCAAUGUACGAAUAGUCGACGAUACCCAGUCUUUGCGCUUGGCGCCUCCAAAUGUUAAAACUCACCCAUUCCUUCCGAAUUUCAUAAAAUAUACACCAACUACCGGCAACGCAGCUCUGAACAUGGCAUCACUUCUGGAGAUGGGGCAAACUUUACUUUGGACUGGCUAUGAGACUGCGAAGGCGACGCCAUUGCCAAUUCUUCUGACACUGCUUCUUACGACAGUUGUCACUACGCUAGCUUUCAUCUAUGCCGCUAUUUACGUCCUCGCACCUACGCCGCGCCCACCGUUCCCAUCAGAAAAAUUGUACAUUACCACCCAGCCAGAUGGAUCUACCACAACCCCGAAGCUACUCCCUUGCUGGCAUGACGAAUGGCUGGCCCACCGAAAAGAAGCCGAGAAGAUUGGCGAUUUCUCAGAUAAACACACAGGCACAAUUGAGGAGGCGGAGGUGGAGAUGAGUGUUGUGAUUCCUGCGUUCAACGAAGAAGAGCGACUCGAGAUUAUGCUGGAAGAAGCUGUUGCGUUUCUGGAUGCCGAGUACGGACGGCAGAGGAAAGGCAAGGGUAGGCAGAACGGAAGUGCGCAUAAACCUGCCGAGGUCGUGAGGGGAGGCUAUGAGAUUCUGAUUGUGAAUGAUGGGAGUAGAGACAGGACCGUUGAUGUUGCGCUGGAGUUUUCGAGGAAGAAUCGGCUGCAUGAUGUGCUGAGGGUGUGCACGUUGAAGCAAAAUCGGGGGAAGGGAGGCGCUGUCACACAUGGCUUUAGACAUGUGAGGGGAGAAUACGCCAUUUUUGCGGACGCAGACGGAGCCUCCAAAUUCGAGGAUCUGGCGAAAUUGGUUGAGGGAUGUAAGGAGAUUGCUGAUGAGUCGAAUCGCGGGAUUGCGGUGGGUAGUCGAGCUUACUUAGUGGGUAGUGAGGCUGUGGUCAAGCGCUCUGUUGUCCGAAAUGCUUUAAUGCGCUCCUUCCAUCUUCUCCUCCGUCUCCUCACACCUCCCGCUACCUCCCAAGUCCGAGAUACACAGUGCGGAUUCAAGCUCUUUUCUCGCAGCUCAUUACCACACAUUAUACCCUACAUGCAUACCGAAGGCUGGAUCUUCGACGUCGAGAUGUUGAUGUUAGCUGAAAGUGCUCCCUCCGUUACUGCCAGUGGGGAAAAGGAAAACUCCGGUACAGGUUCUGCGAUCAAGGUUGCCGAGGUCCCCAUUGGGUGGAAGGAGGUUGCCGGAGGUAAAUUGAACGUUCUGUGGGCCAGUUUGGAAAUGGCAUGGGGAUUGGCCAUUUUGAGGGCGAGUUGGAUGGUGGGUGUUUAUAGGCGGCGGUAGCAGGCUGCAAAUGGAAAGGCAUGAGUGAAAGAUUUGAGGCUGGUUGUAUUAUGAGGCCCCGAUUGCUCGGGAGGAAGUUGGUACAGCACUAAGUAUGUUGUAUAUAUGGCUGGAGAUUGCGGCUGGCACAGCCAAAUGGCUGAAAAUAUCACAACUUGAGCAUCUAUGCCCCACUGCGCAGUUCAUAUCUUUCUAUCUGCGUGUUUCUUUGGGGUUUUGUAUCCUUAGGCUCUUCUUUCCGUAUCUGAAUGUCUCAACGGUUCUUGGAAAUUCCGAGUUCAAAAUAGCUUUCUUCGAAGCUCGGAAUUAUUCUUGCUCCGACUUAUGCGAAGCAAAUAUCGAGUCUCUUAAUACUAUCGAGAAGACUAGACACGUCCAUUAAAGAGUUUAAGUCAUAUAAAAGUAGAAGCAUACCUCGGUCUUCUAGUUAUUAGACGGGCCGUCUCUCC